AUGCUUAAAGACAUCACCAUCAGCAAACCAAGAGGCAGCAAAAUCAACAUCUCCUGGUCCGGCUCCAUCGAAUUUUCCUGCCACAACUUCUUCUCCCCUCAAAGACUGCAAGACAACCUCGAGCUGUUCUGGUCGUGUUGGUAUCCCAACUGCCCCAUCAUUCACAAACCGUCCUUCUCGACCUUCAAUGCAUCACCCUUGCUCAUCGCUGCCAUGGCCGUCCUGGGAGCAUGUCUCUCUCCGUCGCCGAGCGUCCGCGCGAACGCCAACAUCUGGUUCAACAGUGUAGAGGAACUCGCCUUCCUCGACGAGGCUCUUCUUGACGAGUCUAUCACUGUUGACGAUUCCGUCUCAUGUGACGAUGACGCGGUCUAUAGGCGCCUCGAAGCGAUUCAAGCUGCCUACUUGGUUUGUCUGAUACAGUAUUGGGAGGGGACCUACAUCUUCCUACUCGAUGGUGCGUUUGUCAUCUUCCACAACUCGCCUCCGAGACUCGUCGUCGCAGAGAUGAGAAUGAGUCUCGUCUGUCCCGACUCCUGCUUCCAAGCGUCCUCUCAAGAAGAGUGCUUCGUCAUCCUACAUAAUUGGACCUCGAGCGAACCGAGACAAGCUCAGAUGCGGGUCGUCGAUCUCGUCGAGGCCAUGUGCAACAACCACCUCAGCGACGAAGAAACUUGCCAAGGCCUAGCGGGUCUCAGCAUGCUGAACCUGUUCACGGCCAUCACUGCAUUACACACCCUCGGAUUCCACUACGAGGUAUCUCUCGCGCCCAACAGCGGGUCGUGGCACCUUCAGAUGGGGCUGAACCGAUGGAUCUCGCUCUACGAGCAGGCCGACAGCUGGGUUGUUGAAAAUUCACCCGGUCUCCCGCUGUGCGACGAAAUGUGGCGACGGCUGGGUUUCAUACGCCACGCAAAGGAGUUUUGGAUGCUCGCUCAGCUGAUGCUGGAUAAGUCACAAGUCGAGUUGAACACGGCUGGCCCAAGUGGCGGGCCGUUUGACAAGACCCGAGGUACGGUGUAUGACGAGAAUACCAUGGAUUAUGUUCACAACUUGGUGCAAAGUCUUGGAGACUUGAAGAUAGCUUAG